CGGAUAUAGUGAAUGCGGGGUCCGGGGAGAGCAGAUAUAGUGAAUGCAGGGUCCGGGGAGACCAGAUAUAGUAAAUGCAGGGUCCGGGGAGAGCAGAUAUAGUGAAUGCAGGGUCCGGGGAGAGCGGAUAUAGUGAAUGCAGGGUCCGGGGAGAGCAGAUAUAGUGAAUGCAGGGGUCCGGGGAGACCAGAUAUAGUGAAUGCGGGGUCCGGGGAGAGCAGAUAUAGUGAAUGCAGGGUCCGGGGAGAGCGGAUAUAGUGAAUGCAGGGUCCGGGGAGACCGGAUAUAGUGAAUGCAGGGUCCGGGGAGACCAGAUAUAGUGAAUGCAGGGUCCUGGGAGA